UAUAAGUUUGGUCCAUGUCCAAUAUCUAUAUCUAUACGUACAUAAUAGAGAUCUCGGUGGAUUAGGGUUACAACAGCAGCAUCCGAAGAAAAGAAAGCCAGAACAAUGGGAAGACGAAAGAGACUCGUUUCCUCUUCCUCUUCCAAUCCUCAACAAAACAAUAAUCGUCAACCUCAACAAAACAAUAAUCCUCAACAACAAUCACCAGACCCACCAAUUGCACCUCCCAAAUGGGGUUUUAUUUUCAAGCUAUCUCUCUUUUCCAUUCCUUACUUUUACCUAAUUUUCUUCCGUUUCUCUAUUGAUUCAGAGCUUCGAAGAUCCAUCAUCAUCAAUGCUGGAUUGAGUCUUGCAGGUUUCUUUGUUACUGUUAGGAUGAUCCCUGUUGUCUCUAAAUUACUUCUUAAACGAGGUAUCUAUGGAUAUGAUAUUAACAAGAAGGGUACUCCUAGUGGAAAAGUUAAAGUGCCUGAGUCAUUGGGGAUAGUUGUUGUUACUGUCUUCUCUGUUGUGGUAAUCUUAUCUCAGUCUUCCAACUUCACAGCCAAUUCCAAUCGGCAUGCUGUGUACGAUACUGCUUUAGAAUGCAUCAGUUUCAUGACAUUUCUUGGAUUUGUCGACGAUGUCCUUGAUAUCCCUUGGAGAGUAAAAUUAGUAGUACCAUCAAUUGCUGCGCUACCUUUGUUAAUGUCAUAUGCUGGACACACAACUAUAGUUAUACCAAAACCACUUGUCCCACAUAUUGGCAUAGAGAUUUUGGAUCUUGGAUGGAUAUAUAAACUAUAUAUGUGGCUAUUGGCCAUUUUCUGCACAAAUUCGAUCAAUAUACAUGCUGGAUUAAAUGGCCUUGAAGUUGGACAAACGGUGGUUAUCACAUAUGCUAUUCUGAUACACAAUAUUAUGCAAAUUGGAGCAUUAACUGAUCCUGAAUAUAAGCUACCACACGUGUUCUCGAUUCACUUAGUGCAGCCACUGCUAGCUACCUCUUUGGCUUUAUUUUCGUACAAUUGGUAUCCUGCUUCAGUUUUUGUUGGUGAUACGUAUACAUUCUUUGCAGGGAUGACUAUGGCUGUGGCUGGUAUUUCAGGCCAUUUUAGUGAAACACUCUUGAUAUUCUUCCUACCUCAAGUUUUGAACUUUCUCUUGUCACUGCCCCAGCUUUCUGGCUACAUUCCAUGUCCUCGUCAUCGUCUGCCAAGGUUUGAUGAUCAAACUGGACUAUUGACUGGAACAAACGACGGAACACUUGUUAACUUCUUUCUAAGAAAUUUAGGCCCGAAAUCUGAAAAGUCGCUAUGUAUAUAUCUUCUUGUUUUCCAGGGUAUUGCAUGCGGUUUCGGUUUCCUGCUGAGGCAUUUCCUUGCUGGUUGGUACAAAUGAAAAACUAAGUUGAUAAAUGGAUUGGAUAAGAAAAAUCGUUUUUAGUGUAAUUUGAUAUAGGAAUUUCUUGUUACUUGAAUUCAUGUGAACACUUCAAGAGUUAACUUCAAAUUUAUAUGAUUAUUGUUAACUUCAAAUCUAUAUGAUUAUCAGUUUUGUAA